UGGUGAGUUAAGUUGGGAGCUCCAAACAUUCGGACAAGCUCCCGCAAUUUGUGCUAAGAAUUGAGCGAUGAUCAUCUUUUGCAAUUAUUCAACGGCCAACCAACCAACCAACCAACAGUGCUGGAAGAGAUAUGAUGAAUUAAGAAAUAACUGGAGGGGGAGAGGAGGACAGAUCCAUAGCGCUGAGGAACAAAACUUAAGUGUGCUUUCCAUAGAGAAGAGAAGGGAGAAGAGAAGCGCCCAUCCCAUCCUGCGCGCAACUUUCAUUUUCUUCCUUGUUAUUCUCUAAUUCACACUACUCACUUUCCCCAUACAUUAUUCAUUCAUUCAUUCCCUGGAUUUUAUUUUAUUUUCAUUUCAUCAAUCAGUUGUCUUAGGUUAACAGACGUUGCCAUUUCAUCGAAACGUACAACCAAGUUAACUAAAAGAUCAUAAUACAACAAAUUAAACUGCUAUGGCUCCAAGCAAGUUCAGACAAGCCAUUGGAGCAGUGAAGGACAAGACCAGCAUUGGCCUGGCCAAGGUUGGCGGCAACAACUCCCUCUCGGACCUCGAUGUAGCCAUUGUUAAGGCCACGCGCCAUGAGGAGUUACCUCCCGACGAGCGCUACAUCCGUGAAAUCCUCAACAUGACGGCCUACUCGCGUGCCUUUGUUAACGCCUGCGUCAACACCAUUGCCAGGCGCCUCAACAAGACCAAGAAUUGGGUGGUGGCCUUAAAGACCCUCAUGCUCGUUCAACGUCUCCUUGCUGAGGGAGACCCCGCCUACGAGCAGGAGAUCUUCUUCGCAACCAGGCGUGGGACGCGCCUCCUCAACAUGUCAGAUUUUCGUGACACUUCUGGUAAGUCGUACGCCUGGGACUAUUCGGCGUUCGUGCGAACGUAUGCGCUGUACUUAGAUGAGCAGCUGGAGUUCAGGAUGCAGGGCCGGAGAGGCAAGCGGAGCGGUUAUGGUUAUCCACAGGUGGAGGAGGAAGAGGGUGGUGGAGGCGGCGUCAGCCCAAAGUCCGGGAAGGCCACUCCUCUGCAUGAAAUGCGAAAUGAGCUUGUUUUCUCCAGGGUUCAUCAUCUUAUGCAGCUUCUUGAAAGGUUUUUAGCAUGUAGACCAACAGGGGCUGCAAAGGAUAACAGGGUUGUGCAUGUGGCUCUGUACCCCAUUAUAAAAGAAAGUUUCCAGCUAUGCUAUGACAUAACAGAAAUACUGGGAGUCUUGAUCGACCGGUUCAUGGAGCUGGAAAUACCUGACAUGGUAAGAGUCCACGAGAUCUUCUCUCGUGUUGCCAAGCAGUAUGAUGAGCUCGAUGCCUUCCACGGUUGGUCCAAGAUGGCUGGAAUAGCUCGGUCUUCCGAGUAUCCUGACGUCGAGAAGAUAUCACAGAAAAAACUUGAUAUGAUGGAAGAAUACAUAUACGAGAAGUCCACCAUGCCCCAAGAGAGGGGCAGACGUGCAGAGCCCCAGCCCGUUGAAGAGGUCAUAGAGGAGGCAGAGCCUGAACCAGAUAUGAAUGAGAUCAAGGCGUUGCCACCGCCUGAAGGAUUCGUCGAAGAAAAUGAAGCUGAACCGGAGGAGGUACCGAAAGAAGUAGAGGAGCCAAAAGAGGAGAAGAAACCUCAAGAAGUGGGAGAUCUGUUGAACUUAGGUGAAGAUGCACCAAGCACUGAGGAACAAGCAGAUAAGCUGGCUUUAGCUCUAUUUGAUGGUACUGGUCCAGCCACUACUUCUCCAGGGAAUGCAAUCACCCCAUGGGAAGCCUUCAAACAACCAUCAGGAGACUGGGAAACCGCAUUGGUUCAGUCUGCCAGCCAUUUGUCGAACCAAAAGGCAUCGCUUCCUGGAGGCUUCGACACAUUGAUUCUUGAUGGGAUGUACCAACAGGGUGCAACAGCUCAGGCUGUUGCUUCAUCGGGUCUCGUGGCCACUGGAAGUGCUAGUAGUGUCGCGCUAGGGUCGGCCGGGAGGCCAGCCAUGCUGGCAUUGCCGGCACCACCAGCGGCUGAUGGCAAAGCCACCAGUUCAUCGGGGAACACCGACCCUUUUGCCGCCUCCCUUGCCGUAGCUCCACCAGCAUAUGUGCAGAUGUCGGAAAUGGAGAAGAAGCAAAGAUUGUUAGUGGAGGAGCAACUAAUGUGGCAGCAGUAUGCAAGAGAUGGGAUGCAGGGACAGGUAAGCCUAGCCAAGGUACAACAGAACCCCUAUCAGUUCAACGCAGGAGGAUACACGAGAACAUAUUAAAAGCCAUUGUGCAACCUUUACACUGAGAGACCAAUACAAUGUAGCGGAACCUUUGCAAAUGUUGUUUUGUAUAGUACUUAUGUCAACCCACUGAGACAGAUGUGGUCGUAAAAUCACAAGAGUGUGAAACUCAGCUACAAUUACUUAGUAACAAAUAAAGAGUUCAUUGUUUCUUGCA